GCCACGGACCAGCAGCGGACUUGCGUCGGGGAUUGGUUCCUACUUCAGUCCAGAUCUCUUACAGGAUUCGUCGGAAGAUGAGGUGGAAGUGCAGCAGCCCGCUGUUUCUACAUCCCUGUCUUCACAAAUGCAAUUGGUGGCAGACGUACAGGAAGGGCAGGAUCCCUCAAAUGUUCAGAGGGUACACACCCUGGCAGCAGAGAUGAAUGUCUGCCAGGAUAAUUUUUGGGAUGUCGUUGGAACCAGACUGGAUGCCAUUGAGAAGACAAUGGAGAAGAUGGCAAACGGUCUGGUUGAAAUGCAAAAGGCUCUUGCCGACAGCACGGCAGAAUCGCAAAAGACCAGACGAGAAGAUCACAGGGAGACUAUGGACAUCCUUCAAGUUCUGGCCACAUCCAUCAACCGGCUGGUGGAUAACACAUCAUGCCUGGCACACAGCGUUGACAACAUGUCGGAGAGCCAACGACAUUCGGCAGCCAGCCACCAGAUCAUCGCAACCACGCUGCAGAUGAUGUACGAUAAGCUCCCAGAGCCAGCUCAUCAACACGCUGGGGAACCACCACAUCCGCAAUCACAAGACACACGGACGCCUCCUGCCCUUCCUCCACCACCAUCCUGGUAUGGAUGGUCACAGCUGUACCAAGGAUAUAGAGGGAUGUACCCCACCUACCAGAUGCCUCCACCACCAACACCGGCCACAUCAUCUACACCAGCACGGCCACUGAGGCCAAUUCAAUGUACUCCACAGCCGCCCAGGGCAUCGACGCCCCAUCAGGAGGAAGAAGAGGAUCCGGACGGACAACCACCAUAAGCCCGGUCGUAUUGUUUUAUUUACUCUUUAUGUUUUUCAUGUUUCCCUUUCUCCCCCUCCCAUUAGUUUUUUUUCUUCUUACUAUUGUUUUAUAUUUGUGUUGGGCUCCCCACCCCCGACCGGAUACUACCAAGGAGCUUUAUGUCUAGGCAUACAUGCGCGGGCAUGUAUGUGGGCGCGUGUGGUAACUGAUGAAAGCUCCUUGUGGUUACAUAUAUGAUGGGCCAAAGAGCUAUUCUGAUACCACUUUUUUUUUAAAAACAAACUCAUUUUUGUAUUGGUGUAAAUUAGGCUUUCAACUUUGGACCGCCUGCCCUUGGGGAACAACACAGUCCAGCAAUGGGUCAUGCUGGACUGCGUGGUUCCACAAGUGCAGGCGUGUCAAAGUGCUGAACACUGACACCACUCUGCCACUUUGGACCGCCUGACCUUGGGGAACAACACAGUCCAGCAAUGGGUUAUGCUGGACUGUGUGGUUCCACAAGUGCAGGUGUGUCAAAGUGCUGACCACUGUCUUGACUCUGGCACUUUGGACCGCCUGACCCUGGGGAACAACACAGUCCAGCAAUGGGUCAUGCUGGACUGUGUGGUUCCACAAGUGCAGGCGUGUCAAAGUGCUGACCACUGUCUUGACUCUGGCACUUU